UGCGCCGCCGUGCACAUCAUCGCUGCCCGCGGGUCCAACGAAGCCCCUGGUGCAGGCCAUAUUGGCGCAGUAGUAACUCAGGUCCAGAGCACUAGCCAGCAGACCAUUUCCACCGCUGCGGUCGACUACCCCGCUGCCCUCCUUGGGUAUGCUAGCAGCUCCGCUCGUGGGACGUCUGCCACCAUCACUCUCGUCCAGAAGCAGGUUGCUGCCUGCCCCAAUCAGAAGAUCGUCCUUGUCGGAUACUCCCAGGGAGCGCAUAUCAUUGGGGAUGCCGUCGCUGGAGGAGGAGGAGUCUCUGGCCUCGGCGCUGCAACGCCCCCAGUAGCCGCUGCUAUCUCUGACAAAGUCGUGGCGAUUGUCCAAAUGGGCGACCCCCGCCACGUCCCUAAUCAGCCUUUCGAUAAAGGCACCUCCAAACGCGCGGGCCUCUUUCCACGUCAAUCGAACCAGCAGUAUAGUGCCACGCUCCAGCCCCGCAUUCAGUCCUGGUGCGAUACUGGCGACCCCUUUUGCGAUUCUGGUGCCGUAGUGAGCGUUCACACGUCCUACCUCACCAGGUAUCAGACUGCUGCCGUCGAUUUCAUCGUUCAGCAAAUCGGU